AUAUGGCGGCCGCAGCACAGUCUUUAUCGGGACGGACGCGAUCGCUCUUUGGAAGCUCUUAUGGCGAAGCAACCGACCCCUCGUCCCUCCCCGUCUCCCUCUCCUUCAAAAGAAAGGUCGAAUAUGAAGGCGUCCGCGAGCUGCCUAAAGCCCUGGCCGAGAAGCAAGCAAAGGCGACAGCGGCGCGAGGACCUAAAAGACCGAAGAUGGCAACCGGAAACAAUCAGAUGGCGUUGGUGAAGAGCGAGGCGAAACCGGACUCACAAGCGCCGUCAUCGCAGAGUAACGGUAACGGCACCAGUCUGAUCCGCAGACCAAACAUGCAACAACCCCGACCCGACUGGCAUGCACCGUGGAAAUUGAUGAGAGUGAUAUCAGGACAUUUGGGGUGGGUGCGCGCACUGGCGGUCGAACCGGGUAACCAGUGGUUCGCUUCUGGCGCAGGAGACCGGACGAUAAAAAUCUGGGAUCUGGCGACGGGUCAACUCCGCCUGACGCUGACGGGUCACAUCUCCACGGUCCGAGGACUGGCAGUGUCGCCGCGCCAUCCGUACCUUUUCUCCUGCGGCGAAGACAAGAUGGUGAAGUGCUGGGACCUGGAGACCAACAAAGUCAUCCGCCACUAUCAUGGCCACUUAUCUGGCGUCUAUACACUCUCACUACAUCCGACGCUCGACGUGCUGGUCACUGGUGGGAGGGACGGCGUCGCGCGUGUUUGGGACAUGCGCACGCGCUCCAACAUCCACGUCCUGUCCGGUCAUAAGGGCACCGUUUCGGACGUGAAGUGCCAGGAAGCAGACCCUCAAGUCAUCACCUCGAGUCUGGACGCCACUGUGCGAUUAUGGGAUCUGGCCGCGGGUAAAACCAUGGGUGUGCUCACCCAUCAUAAAAAAGGCGUCAGGGCCCUAGCCAUCCACCCGAAGGAAUUCACGUUCGCGUCCGCGUCAGCCGGUUCGAUCAAACAGUGGAAAUGCCCCGAGGGGGCGUUCAUGCAGAACUUCGACGGACACAACGCCAUCAUCAACACCCUGGCCGUGAACGAAGAUAAUGUGCUCUUCAGUGGUGGCGACAAUGGCAGUAUCUGCUUCUGGGAUUGGAAGACUGGGCACAGGUUUCAGAGUACCGAGUCUCUGGCGCAGCCAGGGUCCUUGGACGCGGAGGCGGGUAUUAUGAGCAGCACAUUUGAUCAGACUGGGCUGCGAUUGAUUAUGGGAGAGGCGGACAAGACAAUCAAGAUUUGGAGGCCGGAUCCCGAGGCCACGCCCGAGACGCAUCCGUUGGACUGGAAACCCACAUUGGGCCGGGUGAAGUAUUGACCACAUUGCGAUAUAACCUCGUAUAUGGUGGCGGUGGCGGUGGAAGCGGAUUCACAUCGGACGGCAUAUUGCAUUGAGCGACGGUGUUUGAGGCAUUGAUUCUUGGAAGGGAUUUGGGGAGAGCUCUGAUCACAAGGACCAGGGAUCUGAAUAAAAGUUCUUGUUGCAUGUGUCAAGAGGAUAAUGGUCGAUACCCAAGAGAAGAUUCUCAAUCUAUCCGUAGUGUUGGAAGCUUUUGCAACGCUUGACAGUGCGCCAACCCGCUGUUCUCAGACGGCUGAAUCUGGAGACUCUAGAAUCGAAUCCAGGCUUUGCAAUUUUCCUGUAGUGACCCUAAAAC